CCAUCAACCAAGUCUUUUCCCCUAUCCUCUCCCCCCCUUUCCUCUCAAGUUAGCUGAUAGCACGCACGAAACCAUGGCAAACACCGCAGACCCCCCAGUCAACCUCACGGCCAUGCAGCGGUUCCUUGCCGUGUACAAGCUCGUGGAGGACUUGCUGUUGAAUCUGGACUCGCGCACGCUGAAUUUCUCCAAGCGCGUGUGCCGGGCGUGGAGGGACCUCAUCGACGGAUCGGACGCCAUCAAGGAGGUGUACCUCAUGGUGCCGGAGCCCUAUCUGGGUCAGCGCCAGUUCCGGCGUCCAGUUCGCCCAGUUCGCCGGCGAAACACUCUAUUCAAUUGGCCUGGCAGAUGGCUACGCGCGUGGCUGCCACGAUGGUUUCCUCGCCGGCAUGUCAGGUGGGUGGAGGCUUUGAGAAGUGGCUGACGGUGCUGAUGAAUUGACUACAUUCUAGAUGGGCACCGGAGCCGAAUGGACCAGAGCCGAGAGGUCGAAGUCGGCGUCGGAUGAUUCCCAGGGAUGAACGCAACAUUUAUCGUUCAGUUUCACGGCAGAGACGGAUGGAGGUGACUCGUCGACAGAC